AUGAGCAAUAUGAAUUCAAAUAAUGAUUAAGAUUAAUAAUUUGAACCAAAAUUAUAAAAAAAGCGUUUUAAUUAUACUGGAUCGGAAGAAUUAAUAAAUGAAGCCAAAAUUUCAGGUUUAAAAGACUCUGACUAAUUAACAAAAGGUCAAAUGCGAGUAUAAGAUUAAUAAAACUCAUAUUAGCAACAAAUGCACAAUAUUAAAUUAGGUAUGAAAUCAUAUGAUCCAUUUGACGAAAAAGACGCCCAAAACGACGAAAAUUCAAUCAAAUUUUCCGAAUAAAUGAGAGAACAACGUUUAGAAAAUGAACGUAUUAACCUUCUUUAACAAUAAAGUAAAAACUAAUAAUAAAAGUAACAAACAACAACUAAUAAUAAUACAAUAAAACAAUAAUAACAGCAAGUAACAACUGUCAUUAAAUCGUCUUCCUAAUCAACCAAACCGGGGAACUCUGAUUUUUCUGAAAACGAACAUUUCACAGGAAAUAUGUCGGCAUCACGGGGCUUGAAUAAAUGGGAUACGCCAAAAAGAGGAGGCCCUGGUUUUGCCGAAAUGUAAACGCCUGGCAAAAGAAGUAGAUGGGAUAUGACCCCUUAAUAACAGGUAGGUUAAACGCCUAAAGGAGUAGGUGGGAUGUUCGGAGAAACACCUACCCCUGGUCAUUUAAUAUAAGGUACACCAAAUAGAUUUGGAGAAACCCCAACUCCUAAAAGAAGUACAACCAGAUCUAGAUGGGAUGAUUAGACACCCAGAAUAGGAUAAACACCAAUCGGAUAUAUGGGAAUUACACCCACCCCUGGAGGCAUGAUAACUCCUUAGAAUUUUUAAAAUUUAACCCCUGAAGCUAUAUAAUAAUUACGUUAUGAGUAAGAAAUGGAUAAAAGAAACAGACCGUUAACUGAUGAAGAUUUAGAUCAAAUGCUUCCUGGAAUAAAUGAUGGGUAUGAAGUUGUAAAACCUCCAGAAAGCUAUAAACCAGCGAGAAAUACAAUAAAACAUUAUAUGUAAAUGUAAACUCCUUCCAUGAAUACUCCUGCAGCUUAUUAAAUACCUGAUGAAUAUUCAAAGCCUUUUGAUGUACCUUAAACACCCGCUAUAAAUGGGUUGCCAGCAAUUAAGCCUGAAGAUAUGCCUUUUUUUGGAGAAUUAAUGAAUAAUGUAGAUGAAUCAGAACUUCGUCCCGAGGAAAUAAAAAAACGAAAAAUAAAAGAACUCCUUCUUAAAAUAAAACGAGGAACUCCCCAAAUGAGAAAACAAGCACUUCGCUAAAUCACCCAAAAUGCUCGAGAAUUUGGCGCUGAACUUCUUUUUAAUGAAAUUUUAUUUUUAUUAAUGUCCCCAACCCUAGAAGUGUAAGAAAGACAUCUUCUAGUAAAAGUCAUAGACAGGAUUCUUUACAAACUAGACGACCUAGUAAGACCUCAUGUACAUAAUAUUCUCGUCGUCAUCGAACCCCUACUGAUUGACGAAGAUUAUUACGCCAGGGUAGAAGGAAGAGAAAUAAUUUCUAAUCUAGCGAAAGCUGCCGGACUGCCAACCAUGAUUAAAACAUUAAAACCAGAUAUUGAUCAUAAUGAUGAGUUUGUAAGAAAUACCACAGCUAGAGCUUUUGCGGUUGUGGCAAGUAGUUUAGGAAUAGCUUCUAUGCUUCCUUUUUUAAAACCGGUUUGUAGAAGUAAAAAAAGCUGGUUUACGAGACAUACUGGGAUAAAAAUAGUCUAAUAAAUAGCUAUAUUAAUGGGAUGUGCAGUACUCCCUUAUUUACGUCAAUUAGUCGAAAUUAUAGAACAUGGAUUAAAAGACGAAUAAAAUAAAGUCAGAACUAUUACUUCGCUUGCUUUAGCGGCUUUAGCCGAGGCUUCCGCUCCUUAUGGAAUUGAUGCUUUUGCUUCUGUACUAAUUCCUUUAUGGGAAGGAAUAACUUAAUAUAAAGGGAAAUCACUUGCUGCUUUUUUAAAGGCUAUUGGGUUUAUUAUCCCUUUGAUGGAUGCUGAUAGGGCUUUGGAAUAUACAAAGGAAGUAAUGGAAAUAUUAAUAAGGGAAUUCGAAAAUCCAGAAGACGAGAUGAGAAAAAUAGUUUUAAAAGUCGUAAAAUAAUGCAUUAGUUGUCAAGGAGUAGAUGCAUAAUAUAUUCGAGAGCAUGUAAUAAAUGACUUUUUUAAGAGUUUUUGGGUUUAAAGGAUGGCUAAUGAUAAAAAUAGCCGAUAAUUAAUCGAUACUACGAUUGAAAUUGCCACAAAAGUAGGAGGAGCUGAAAUUCUGGAAAGAAUAGUACCUGAUUUAAAGAGUGUAAGUGAGCCUUAUAGAAAAAUGGUGAUGGAAACUAUUGAAAAAAUAGUUGCAGCUUUGGGAGUUUCUGAUGUUGAUAGUAGACUAGAAGAAUAACUUAUGGAUGGUUGCAUUUCCGCUUUCCAUGAACAAAGUAGUGAGGAUACAACUACUAUGUUGAAUGGAUUUGGUACUGUCGUUAAUGCCUUAGGAUAAAGGGCUAAGCCUUAUUUCGCCUAAAUUUGUGGUAUUAUUUAAUGGAGAUUGGGUAAUAAAUCAGCUAGAGUAAGACAAUAAGCGGCCGAUUUGAUAAGUAGAGUAGCACUAUGUAUGAAAAACUGUAAUGAAGAAAAUAGAUUAGGUAAACUAGGUUUACUUCUUUAUGAAUCUUUAGGUGAAGAAUAUCCUGAAGUACUUGGUUCUAUACUAGGAGGUCUAAAAGCAAUUGUUAAUGUAAUUGGAAUGACCCGAAUGACACCCCCUAUUAAAGAUUUAUUACCCAGAUUGACCCCUAUAUUGAAAAAUAGACAUGAGAAAGUCCAAGAAAACUCAAUUGAUUUAAUUGGUAGAAUUUCCGAUAGAGGUGCCGAAUAAGUUUCACCAAAAGAAUGGAUGAGAAUCUGUUUCGAUCUAUUAGAUUUAUUAAAAGCUCACAAAAAGGGAAUUAGAAGGGCUACAGUUAAUACUUUUGGUUAUAUUGCAAAGGCUAUAGGACCAUAGGAUGUUUUAGUUACUCUUUUAAAUAAUUUAAAAGUAUAAGAAAGAUAAUUGAGAGUUUGUACGACUGUCGCAAUUGCCAUUGUAGCUGAAACUUGUGGACCAUUUACAAUUUUACCGGCUUUAAUGAAUGAAUAUAGGGUAUAAGAGUUGAAUGUAUAGAAUGGUGUGCUUAAAUCAUUAUCAUUUAUGUUUGAAUAUAUAGGAGAAAUGGCUAAAAAUUAUAUCUAUUCAGUUAUUACUUUGCUUGAGGAUGCUUUAACUGAUAGAGAUCCUGUACAUAGAUAAACUGCUGCUUCGGCAGUUAAACAUUUGGCUAUGGGAGUUGCAAAUUUAGGAUGUGAAGAUUGUCUUAUACACCUUCUUAAUUUCAUAUGGCCAAAUAUUUUUGAAAAUUCGCCUCAUGUCAUUACGGCUGUUACUGAAGCUAUUGAUGCUUUAAGAAUAGCUCUAGGACCAGGAAUUAUUUUGCUUUAUUUAUUAUAAGGAUUAUAUCAUCCAGCUAAGAGAGUAAGAAAUGUUUACUGGAAAUUAUAUAAUAUGAUAUAUGUUGGAAGUUAGGAUGCUUUAUGUGCCUUUUUCCCUGUUUUAUAAGAUGAUGAUGGGUUUGAUAGAAAAUAAUUUACUUUUAAUAGAAAUGAAUUGCAUCUUAUGUUAUGA